CUCGCCCAACAGUCCACACGUUUCAUUUCUCCAAUAUCGCAACCACGUCAAGACUUCCUUUACCUCGGGAUUCAAAGGACUUAAACAGUGUAUAUCUGCAUUGUGGACCUACGUGACCUUAGCGUCUGCCGGAGUCACACGCCGGUGUGGGAUGAGGACAUCUCUUUCAGCUGAGCCUCGCGAUCCCGCUUGAAGAUGGUAAGGUCCUCUGCGGUUAUUCUGUUUCCCGUGGUUACGGCAGCCGGGGACGCCCUCCUAUGACAUGGUGAAAGACUCAUAAAGACCGGUCGCCGCAAUGGCAUCCAUGGUCGCCAAUGGAAACCAAGAUGGGCCGUCUAUGGUGCUCCAAGGGGCGGAUCCAGAGACAUGCAUGAUCGUGUUUAAGAACCACUGGGCUCAGGUGGUAAAGAUCCUGGAAAAACACGAUCCCUUGCGCGGCGGCACCUCUGCCGUGGCGCCUUCGCUGGGCGUGCUGGGCCUGGGCGGCGGCCCCCGCUUCGGCCCCGUACCAGGCGACGAGGCGAACGCGGUGCAGAACUACGUGGAGCACAUGCUCUUCUUGCUGAUGGAGGAGGACUGCGGCAAGGGGGGCGCCAUGGGCCCCAUCCUGGAGUUCGUAGUGCUGGAGAACGUGAUGGAGCGCCUGUUCGUUUGGAGCCUGCGCCGCGAGUUCACCGACGCCAUGAAGCUGGAACAGUUGAAGAUGUAUGAGAUGCUGGUUUGCCAGUCUCACCAGCCCCUACUGCACCACAAACCGGUGCUGCGACCGCUCAUGAUGCUCCUGUCGACGUGCUCGGGCUCGGGUGGGGCGCCCACAGUGGAGGCUCAGCUGGUGCUCCUCUUGCACCAGCUCUGCUGUGUCCUGGCCAAGGACCCGUCUGUCCUCGAGCUGUUCUUUCACACCAGCGAGGACCAGGGUGCGGCCAACUUCCUCAUUUUCUCGCUCCUCAUCCCUUUCAUCCACCGCGAGGGCGCCGUGGGGCAGCAGGCGCGAGACGCGCUGCUGCUCAUCAUGUCCUUGUCUGCAGAGAACCGGCGUGUGGCCAAACACGUGGCGGAGAACACCUUCUUCUGUCCAGUUCUUGCCACUGGCCUCAGCGGUCUGUAUUCAUCGCUGCCCGCCAAGCUGGAAACCCCCAGUGACGAGUGGCACUACCUGCACAGGGAUGACUGGAUCCGCAUGCCCUCCCUGGUCCAGUUUCUCAACUCCCUGGAAUUCUGCAAUGCUGUCAUCCAGGUGGCCCACCCCGAUAUCAGAGACCAGCUGUUGGGCUACAUCUACAACGGCUUCCUCGUGCCCGUACUUGCACCCGCUCUCCACAAGCUGACCCUGGAGGAGGUGAUGACCACCACGGCGUACCUGGACUUGUUCCUGAAAAGCAUCAGUGAGCCGGCCCUGCUGCAGACCUUCUUGUCCUUCAUCCUGCUGCACCGCCACGAAAACGUCCACAUUUUGGACACGCUGGUCAGCCGUAUCAACACACCCUUCCAGCUGGGAAUCGUGUCGCUGGCGCUUUUCCGCACUCUGAUCGGUUUGCACUGUGAAGACGUCAUGUUGCAGCUCAUCCUCAGGUACCUGAUCCCGUGCAAUCACAUGAUGCUGAGUCAGCGGCGCGUGGUGAGGGAGCGCGACUUCUACUCGGCGUCGGCGGCCAAGAUCCUGGCCUUGACGCCGUCCUGCUGCUCGCCCGACCGCAGUCCGCCGCCACUCCGACAGCUGGAGUCCAUACUCUUCUCCAAAGCUGAGAAAGACGGCGUCUCUGUCGAGGGCGAUCCCGUCGGGAACUCGUCGUGCACCAUCGGCUCCGAGAUCUACUUGGACGUCAGCUACCUCCACUACCUGGACGACGCCCACGUGCGCAUCGGCAUCUGCAUGCGGGCGUGCCGAGUGUGGUCGGCCGCGUACGACGGGGAGGAACCCCCUCCGGAGAAAUACCAACCGGGCGUCCUGGAAGAGCCUGCGCGCAGGAAGAGAGCCCCACGGGUCGCGGCCUCUGCGGCGCCGCAGCACCCCAGACCUAAGCGACUGCCGCCCAACCAGCUGGAGCUGGAGUGGGACGACAGUUACGAUGCGUGCCCGCCGCUGACCGACGAGCCCAAACCUCCGCCUGUGCUUGUGCCUUCUGCUGACCCCCCCAGACACAUAGAGGAGAUGAGAAAGUCAGCUAUUUUGUUGGUGAAGGGCUCCUACGUCGAGGAGAACGAGUUCCAGGAUGACGUCAUGGUCUACGAUCUGGUGGCCAAGAAAGACACCACAGCCGCUGAGGCGGCUCCACGCAAAGACCCUAAUCCCCUGAAGAACGGACUCACUCAGAAGCACCCGGUCGAGUAUGCUAAAAGUCCCACAGACGUGGGCGAGGACCUCCUGGCUCAGUACAAGGAGCUGGUCCGGACGUUUGACAGCGACGCGGGCGCUAAAGCCGUAAAAUGUGAUGGAGAUCCAAAGGAUGACGGCGUGACAGAGGAUGAGGAAAUGGACGUCACUUCCUUCUCCGCAGAGACGGCAGAGCCCGAGAAGCUACAGACGCCGUUUGGUUUGACGUUUUGCAGCACCACCAGGAGUCACUCGGCACCUUUUACAGGUCCGUUUGUCAGCGUCCUGCUGUCGCGCCUAGAGAACAUGCUGUCCAACUCGCUGCACGUCAACUUGUUGCUGACGGGCAUCCUGGCGCAGCUGGCCGCUUACCCUCAGCCUCUGCUGCGCUCCUUCCUCCUCAAUACCAACUUGGUCUUCCAGCCCACCGUUCGCUCACUCUACCAGGUCCUGGCAACGGUGAAGAACCAGAUCGAGCAGCUGGCUGCAAGCAGUAAGGACUUUCCUGAGCUGAUUGUCGCCGCCCAACACUGGCUGCUGACCAGGGACACUCUUUACGGAGAAGCAGACAGAAGCAAUCGAGUGCGAAGCGGCGGCAUUCUGAAGAGCUCCCCGCCUCCACAGCCCCGGUCCAUCUCUGCCGAGCGGACCGACGUGUUUGCCACCGUCCUCUUCAGCGAGUUCCUCAAAGAACUGGCCGCCCUGGCCCAAGAGCACUCCAUCUUGUCUUACAUUCCCAUGGAAGAGUAAAGCAACUCCUAAUACAACAAACGAAGACUUUUUAUUUUUCUAUCAUCUUUUCAGGCCACCAACCAAAGACAUUAGAUAUAUAUUUGUAUUUAUUUGAUCUUUUUUAGCUAUUACCGGCCCUUUAAUUCUAUUGUCUCAGGGCGGGCGGCCUUUUUGGACUCCAGCCUGGUCUAGCGUUAGCGACAUUAGCAUCAGCAAGCACAAUAUGCCUACGGACUGUCUUAUUUUGAGCAAGGGUGCGGUCUCUUUUCAAUCUCAUAAAGUGGCGUUUCUAUUCUUAUUAUUGGUACCUCAGUGUCUAUGGGUAAAGCCAUAUUUCCUCCACUUUCUGCCACGCCAGCCUAUUUAAUGACUUGUACAUAUCGUAUUCACUAUGCAAAUUAAGGAGAAUAUUAAGAAACAUUGUCAGGUAAGGUGGUUGGGUUAUUUAAGUGUUCCUUUCUAAGCUAUUUUUGGCGUGGGGGUUAUGGUGUUGUGUCUCGCACUGUCUGUUACAAAGCGGUCUCUCUACUAGCGCCUUUUAAAAGAGACGACAAUUUUUUUUUAGCUAAGCUGCCAAGAAACUGGAUGUGGGCAGUAUCGUGUAAAUUAGCCCCACUGUGACAUCACAAUCCGUCAAAAUUCUAAAGGCUCGCUCACAGACACAGUUUGGGAAAUAGGCAGCUCAUAGAAUAUUUAGUUGGUGGUUUAAUUUCACACUUGACGGGUAAACAGCUAUUUCAGAAGCCCAGCUAUUUGUAUGCAAGCUUUUAAAAAGUUUGACAUAUUUCCCCGUUAAGCUUAAACAUGAGCUGUCACAAAAACAGGUAAAAAGAUCCCUUCGUGUUGCCUACAUUUACAUUUUAGUGCCUGUUUAAAAAGGAUCAAACUGGAAUGAUUGACAAAUAUGACAAUUUAAUUAAUAUUUUCACUUUAGUUUUAAAAAAAUAUCUGAGAAUGGCUCGAAUCAAUCAAGAAAAUAAGACAAAAGCGUGUGAUGCAGUCUUUGAGAUGAUGUUAAAUUUAUGUUCAAUUCCUUUUGGUUUGGUUUUGUAGCGACAUUAUACGGGCAAUGAAUGAUGCAAUAGUCUUUUUGUUGUGCUUAUUUUGUUGAUGACAAAGAAUGGCAGCACAUAAAAAUUUGUGAAAUGUCAUUUUGACGAGGUGUCAAUCAUGUCAAGCACUCGUGGACACACUCAUAGCUAGUCAACGUGCAGCCGACACCCUCUCGCUGACCUGUUAGCUAGGGCUUCAGGAGCUUUGCUGAAACUAUGGCGGAAUAUCCACCUGUGCCACGGGACCUCAGGCAGCCGAGAUGAUUAAAAAGUGAUGGGUAAUUGGCAACAAUUCUGUUGGAAAGGUAAGUUUAUCAUAUUGAUUGUACAUUCACCCCCCCCCCCCCAAAAAAAACAAAAAAAAAACCCUUCAAAUGGGAAGGGGAACAUAAAAAAGAAGCUUUAAGCUAUUUGUCACUCCCCCACUAAACAUCAAAAGAUUUAUGCGUAUCCAGUAAAACAAUCAAACUACGUUGCCUUAAGACCGGCCGGCUAGCUUAAUGCUAACACAUAAUGGAAAAUCCAAUUGACAUGAUAACGAUUAGCAUUGAUAGUCAAGUUACACAGCCCUUUAAGCACAGAUAUUUUGAACAAAAAUGGAACACGUAGACAGCUAAGAGAACAAUACUCAGGUCUACAUUAUUUAUCCUAUUUACAAAAAAACGAGUACUAUUACAGCAAUCUACUGAGUAGUAACAGAAGUCUGGUCUUUGUAUGUAUCUGCAAGACUGUACAGUAUUAUACUGCCUCCCAGUGGCCAAGGUUGACACACCAGGAGUAGCACACUGAAUUGAAUCGUAGCAUGAAAUAAUGCAAAAAAAUUGUUUUACAUUUUAUUUAAGUAUACUGGUACUGUUUCUCAAAGUACAAUAUUAUAGUACAAUUUUCCCUAUUAAAAAAAUUGUGUGGGAGGCUGGAACGGAUAACAUUUUCAUUCAUUUCAAUGUAGAAAGAUGAUGUGGCGAUACAAAGUGAAUAUAAAUAUACACAGUGAGGAAUUAUCAAUUGGUUCUUGUGACGUUUCGUGAAAGGAAGGUAAUGCAUUAUAAAAAAGAAAAAGUACAUUAUUUACAUAUAGCCAAUACAUGCAGUUGGAGGGAUGCUUAUUAGUAGUUUACGUCGUACAAUCAACUCAUAGUUUCUGAAAUUUUGUCCUGCAGAAUCUUCCGCACCGCAACCGGGUCAGCCCGGCCUUUGGUCUCCUUCUGAACCGAACCCAUCAGCUUGUUCAGAACUUUCUUGUUGCCCGCUCGGAAGGCUUGCACCUAUACGCAACAACGUAAAAAUCCAAUCGAUUAAUAAUAAAAUAAAAUUAAAACAAUCCUUUUGAAAUAUGGAAUGUAAAUGUUUUAAUUUAAAUUUUAAAUCUUAUUUUUUAGCAUUAACUGUUACAAAAGUGAAACAAUGAAUAUGUUCAAUCUAAAAAAUAAUAAUAAAAAAAGAUGCAUGUUUGUAUGGCAAUUUAAUCUCAAAGCAUCAUGAACUUGACAGGAUGGCAGCCCCCGACCUCGUGCGGAUGAGAGUCCAGAACCUUGGCGCAGAUGACGUGCACCUGCUCCAUGUCACUAAUGAGGCUCAAGUCCUGCUCGUGGAUGAUCUGAGACGCUGUCUUUGCACCUGAACACCUCCACAUCUCCUGGAACACCUGAGACGGCGACACACACGCAGGCACACAUGAGUAAUACUAACCACCUGUGUGUGUGUGUGUGUGAGUACUGACCUGCUUGGCCACUGAAGAGGAGAUGCUUCCUGCUUCCAGGAGCUCCAGCAGCUGGGCCAUGGAGGAAGGAGAGACAUGGCUAAAAUCACAGCAAAAGCAAUCAUUGCAGAUUCACACUUCAUUCAUCAAUACAA